GGCGGAGUCGUCUUCCUCUCAGAUGGAGGAGUCAGCAGCUUAGUAAACAACUGGGUGAAAAGAUUAGUUUAGAGCAUUUUGAGUCGGUGUUAUUAUUUCCUGAAGCUGAAGCCAUGUUCGUGGUGUGUUCGGGCUCUUCAGUUUGAGGAUGGAGUCAUCUUGUCUGGACCUGGCACUGGAAGGUGAGCGCCUCUGUAAGGCUGGAGACUAUCGUGUCGGUGUGUCCUUCUUUGAGUCUGCCAUCCAGGUUGGAACCGAGGACCUGCAAAUCCUUAGCGCCAUCUACAGCCAGCUGGGCAACGCCUACUUUCAUCUACAAGAGUAUAACAAAGCCUUGGAGUACCAUCGGCAUGACCUCACACUUACCAGAACAAUUGGAGAUGAGCUUGGUGAGGCAAAAGCCAGUGGCAACCUUGGGAAUACAUUAAAGCUUUUGGGACGGUAUGAUGAAGCAGUGAUUUGUUGCCAAAGACAUUUGGAUAUCACCAGAGCCAUUUAUGAUAAGGUUGGGCAGGCUCGAGCGCUGUAUAAUUUCGGCAACGUUUACCACGCCAAGGGUAAGGGCAUCUGCUGGACUGGAGCCGAGCCAGGAGAGUUCUCAGAGGAGGCUAGGAUAGCCCUGCGGAAGGCUGCGCAGUACUAUGAAGCAAAUCUGUGUGUGGUGAAGGAGUUGGGCGAUAAGGCAGCCCAAGGUCGUACCUAUGGUAACCUUGGCAACACGUAUUAUCUUUUGGGAGACUUUAAAACUGCAAUAGCAGCACAUGAAAAGCGGCUACUCAUCGCUAAAGAGUUUGGGGAUAAGUCUGCCGAGAGGAGGGCCCACUGUAACCUUGGCAACGCUCACAUAUUCCUCAAUCAGUUUGAAGUGGCGGCUGGUCAUUACAAGAGGACUCUGCAGCUGGCCAGGCUUCUGAAGGACAAAGCAGUGGAGGCUCAGGCCUGUUACAGUCUGGGCAACACCUACACACUACUUCAGGACUAUGAGAGAGCCAUUGAUUACCACCUCAAACAUCUGGUCAUUGCUCAGGACCUCAAUGACAGAGUCGGUGAAGGAAGAGCAUACUGGAGUCUAGGAAAUGCCCACACCGCCCUGGGGAAUCAUCAGCAAGCCAUGUACUUCGCUGAGAAACAUCUGGAAAUUGCCAAAGAGACUGGAGACAAAAGCGGUGAGGUGACAGCCAGGAUGAACUUGUCGGACCUACGGCUGGUCGUAGGCCUGAAGUCCAACUCCAACCUCCACCCGAGCAUCUUCCGCAACACCAACACUAACAGCUCUGCUCUGACAGCAAGCUUUCAGGGUUACCCCAACCUCUCAGGGGCCAAAUAUCCAUUAAGGAGAACAGGCAGCGCAGAGAACCAGGAACUGUACACAAGUCCUGACAAAAAACAAACUGGAGAUUCAUCGGCACAUCCGGAUUGGGAUGAGGAAGUAUUCCCUGGGUCGUCAAAAAAUAACACAAUUAAGGCCUCUACUAAGCUCUUCCUCUUCCACCGGCUGAAAAGCAAGAAGCAGAAGAACAACAAAUCAUCUCCUAAAGAUCAGCAUGAAAUCCACACAGAGCACCCUGCUCCUGAGCUGGUCGCACCAGUGUCUCCUAAGCCAGGAUCACGGGACACUAUUGGAGAGGACGGCUUUUUCGACCUCCUCUCUCGUUUCCAGGGCAACAGAAUGGAUGACCAAAGGUGCUCCCUACUGGAUGGCCAGAGCCAUCACCCUACUCACUCCUCUCCCUCCUCCACCCCACCUGUAGCUGAAAGGAAAUCUAUUUUGGAGUGCGAAACACCGUUGCAGGAUCCUGGUCAUUUCCUGGAGCUGCUGGCCAGCUCCCAGGCCCGUCGUCUGGACGACCAACGAGUCAGCCUCAGCCAUUUUCCUGGCUUACGUCUCAGCACCUCCAACCUGCCUCGUACACCCUCCACCUCCAGCACAGAUCAAGUCCAACCACAAGCCCCCAUCUCCAGUAUAGAUACCCCUCACACACCCUCCCUGUACAGUCGACUCGAGGCAAGCGCUGAGCAGCCUGAGGGGGAUGAUGUCUUCUUCGACAUGCUAGUGAAGUGCCAGGGCUCCCGGCUGAACGAUCAGAGGUGUGCUGCUCCACCGUCUGCAAAUAAGGGACCAACUGUUCCAGAUGAGGAUUUUUUCAGUCUCAUCCUGCGUUCCCAGUCCAAUAGGAUGGAGGAGCAGCGAGUCCUGCCGCCUGCUGUCACACAAUCCAAACCAGACUGACUGCAUGAGUGACUUUUUCUUAUUGUCUCAGGAUAACAGAUGAAGUAACCAAGCUUCUUUUUUUCCAUGAAGAUUUUUUGUAACUCGAAGUAGUCUUGAUUCAUACCUUUUUGGAUUGUCUUGGCAACAUUCCUGUGAGACUACCAAGAAUACAGAGGACACUAUGAGGAAUCAAGGUCUUCAACAAUACAAAACUGAUCAUUGUGACUGUACAAUCAUGGGAAAUUUAGCUUUUCAGGAUUUCUGGACUUGUUUUUCGAUAUCCGGCAGUGUCUCUGGGUUGUCACAACAUUUUUUUGUGGCGGUCCAUGCAACUUGUUUUAAUCAGAGACCUCUGUACCAGCAGUGACAUCUGCCGACUCUGAAGGCUUGCAUCAAGCUACUCAACCUUUGGGAUGAGGUGGUACGUGUUUGGACCAAACGUACUGUAAACCAAACAGAAGGGAUUUCUACUUUAGGAUGGACAAAAAAGACAUUAUCUGAACCUGUCUCAGAGGCUAUUAAGCAAACUGGAACAUUGUAUGGCCUGUUCUGCCCAUCUACACUACACUAACACAAGGUCUUUCAGAGUGGUACAUCUUGGUUUAAAUUGAUCUCAGACCUCUUCAACAAUAACUCAGAGUCAACAGACAAAGCCACUCUGGGGAAAUAAAGGUCCACAAUCACCUUUAGUACUGCACUGGUGAUCAGUGGAGCCAUUUAUAAAAUCUGCUUCUUGAUAUUGCUUUUAAAGUCUUAAAGACUGCCAUCUUAAUUGUGAAAGGUUGUAUGUUUUUAUUGCCAUGAACUAAAAUAGAAUUUUUGUUUUUGUUGUAACAAGAUUUAACAGGGAAUUAAGUAGUGUCAGAAAAAAAAAGUUUUUUCGCUUUUAUAUUGAUACCUAUUCAGACAACGGAGAAAUAAAAUCUCAUGAAUUUACAUUCCAACUUAUUUAUUUAACCUUGAUUUCAUUAUCUUUAGUGUACAACAUGGACUUCCUUCCAAGUGACAUGAUUUGAGAAAAACAACACAAAUUUUACAUUUCAGUGUCAAAUUUCUUCCCUCUACAUGUCAAUAUAAAUAAGUGUAAUUACAAAGUGUCUUCUGCAUCAGUGCAUCAUACUGAGACCAGGCUCCUCAUGUCCACUGGGGUUCAAUCUUUUCAGCACUGAAAAACUCCUUCACUUUAAAAACAAUCACCUUAGCAAACCUGCGGCUUAAUGUGAAGAAAAUAAAGAUUUUCAACACCCCCCAAUGAAUAUAAUAGUACAAAGUGCACAAUCAUGGUUAGGUUAUAGUUUAUACAGUACUGUUAGUAGCUCCACAUUAAAGGCCUGCUAUGCCUCUGAAGUUAGCCUCUCUUCAUGCCUCCUCAACCUGAAAGAAGAAAGUGGCUGAGCUUAGAUUCUAUUAGAUGUUAUGUCUAACUACACAGAGUAUUAAAAAGUGCUGACCCACUGUGCUUGCAUCCCCAGUUUCAUUAGUGCUAGUAAGGGCCACCCAAAUGAGUUUGUUACCACCUAAAAAUCAAACGCCAGGAUGACAAUGAUAUUCGACUCCCAGCAGAAUAAAAUGACCAGUUGACCUACCUGGUGAUGCAGCUGUUGAAGAAGCAGCUGUUGUUCUCGUCGAGUCUGAACACCCCCGAGUUUGGCAGAUCUUUACACACAGAUAAGAAAUUUUGCAGCUCUGAUGUUGGGAUUCCACUCUGCUGCUGCUGCUAAAUGAUGCGAGUUAAAAAGGUGACAGUUAGCACAGAGUGUGGCACAGCCAACUACAACAACCACUAAUCAAACAUUACUCUUUUCCAGUGGUGGAAGUAACUACAUUUAGUCAAGUACUGUACUUUGAGGUUCUUGUACUUUACUGGAGUAUAUCCAUUCUCUGCCGUUUAUAUCUUUAAUCCACCACGAUGCAGAACAAAUAGUGUACAUUUACUCCAUAGCAUUUAUUU